CACUGCAAAUCUAUGUAUCUAUGUACUUGUACUUAUGGUUAGAUGUUACUCGUAUAUCUAUAUAAGUAGUCGAAGAGGCCCCUGGUAAAUUGGCAGUCCAGGGUGGUCUGGUAAUGCAGCCUUGUGCUUAAAUAUUUCUGAUCGAAAACGCUGUCGACAACGGUUUCUGCGGCUGAAAGUUCGAAUUGCCUAAAACUUUAAAACAAAUUUCGAAUUCUCGUGUUUAAUCAUGAACCGCGCUGUGCACUUAUUCUGCUUUACCGUCCUGUUUAGUUGUUACGGAUUUCCGUUCCUUGAAGCCGCGCUGUUAGAAUGUAAACAGUGUUCCAACUUCAAGGAAUUCCUCAACGGAACAUUAAAUGGAGUCGCAACUGACGCCUGCUCCAACAAAACGUUGUGCAUGGCGGAGACACAUGUCUGUAUGAAAUUUUACGGGAAGGUGGGUGGAUUUGUCGGGGGGAAAUUUGUUGAACCCGUGAUUCAGUACGGAUGCGCCAAUCGUGAAUUGCUGAACUAUUUUGGACCCAGUGGCCAGCCGUACAAAGAAGCAGGUGCCUGCCAAAAGACUUCCGGCGUACGCCUUCCGCUGAACCCAGCGCAAGCCUCAGAUCUGCAACUCAGAUUUAUUGGCACGUACUGCUACUGUCACACCGGACUGUGCAACAACUCGGCUGGAAAGAUGUGGUUCAGCGGUGUUGCGGUGGUCGUAAUGUGUGUGCUCGGUUACCUUGUGCAAAUUACGCCAUGGUGACAGUUUUCAGAGCACUAUUAGCUUUGCUCAUGACAUGAUAUGCUCACAAACGAAUGUCGGUGAAAGUUAGCAAAAUGCUGAAGAGGUUAAAUUUUGUUGUCUUUUCGUGCUUUAUGCGUUAAAAACUUAAAAUGAAAGUGGCGAAAUAAGACACGCGGCCCGG